AUGAUGGAUAUGUGGGAGCUCGUCGAGGCCUCUGUCGCGAAUAAUAACUCGCUGGAAAUGUUAUCUCACGACUUGCCGAGACAACUUCGGAGACAUUCCACCUCUCAUUAUGACAAAUGUCUUGACGUUGCCGUUGACAAGCGUUUUAUGUUUCUCCGGUCGCACUCGAUGAUAAUCAUUUUUCUUGUACUAGGGGCUUUUUGAAGGGCGAUUCGGGUAUGAAAAUAAAUAAGCGGUUGAAAAAAAUCAUUUUCAGUGGACAUGUUAUAUUACUGCAGAAAAUUGCUCUAUGAAGAAAAACGAAAUGUUGAUUUCUUAUAAUCUCCACCUAGAACUUUUCCUGCAAAUGUCGAUUCUGCAAUAAUGACCGAUAUGUGUUUCAUGCGUGGUACUGUCAAACGCAAAAUUGAAAAACGAAAGUCAUCAGGAAACAGACUUUGCAGUGAAAACAAGAAGCUGCCUUUUUCAGAAGUUUUUUGGACAAGUACAUGGCAUAUUCACAAAUCUCACCAAAAAAUGAUCUCCGGUGGGUCAUAAUAUCGAUAAAAAAAUGAGCUUCGCUAAUUUCAGGUCAUAGUGAAACUCCAUUUUGAAAAUUUUCAACAACUUUUGCUACUAAAAAGCUUCCUUGCCUAAAACCGAGUAAAGUUCAUAUACAAAUGUUGUGUUUGCAAAGGUGAUAUCAAAGACAAAAUAAAUCCUAUUUUAUUUACAGAAAAUUUUUUUCAUUUACAGAUUUUUAAAAGACACUCAAAAUGCCGUUUUUUGAAAACUAGGAAAUCGAUAAAAAAACUGGAUUUAAAAAAAUAUAAAUAAGAGGUUAUAAAAAAAGGUUUUUUUGAUGCUUCAAGUGAAAACCGAAAAAGUUUUUUUAACAGUUUAAGUUUUGAUUUGAAAAAAGAAAAAGGCCAAAAUUCUAAAAAAAGAAAUCAGACUUCUCUGUCUUGUAUAAAUCUGCAAACUACGAUUUUCCAACCAAGAGCUAUGUGAUGAUAUAAUUUCAGUAUUGUAGGGUCUGGCCAAAACAAAUUUUUUGAGGAAAGUAAUAGGGAGUAGAACCACAAUUAGAGGUGCAAGUGAUUUAGUAAAGAAAAGAAGAAAAGCUUGCAAAGCUUGUAAAUGUUGCCACCCUCGAAGGAAUCGAAGAAAAAAAACACAUGAAUUGAACGAAGAGAGACAAAAAAAGAAACAGACGGAGAGAAAAAAAAGGGACAACGGAUACAAAUCAGAGCAUAAUUGGAUGAAGAACGUCAGCAGAGACUCAGUGGUCGCGGUAAAAACAAGAACAAAAACUGCGGAUAGAUUGCGUGAUGAUGGGAGGAGAGCUUUAAGGGCAGAAAUGAAGUGAGUGCGUGCGUGAGUGAGCGUGAGUUGAGUGAGUGAGCUGUGUGAGCACGGCCUGGAGCCCAUGCUCCUUCGAGACUGCGUGUAUAUACUUGUGGGGCGAGUGCAUAUCUAGCGGAAGCGAUUGCCGCAAGCCAAAACUGCCCCAAUGAGAAGAAAAAAGAUGGCCGCCAUGGCAACCAGCCGCCUCCGGAAAAAUCUCCGGAGCUUCCAGAGUCAUUCCUGAAAGGGCGCCGCCGGCCUUGGUCCACGGUCCGCGCUUCCGUCGCCGCUGGCCUGGCACAUGCUUUUAUGGCUUGCCUUUGUACUCGCCAUUGCUUCUGGUGCCUCCACAAGUGGCAAGCUUUUCCUUUCUUUUUUCUAAAUACCUUUUUUUUUUUUUGAUAGCACCAGCUUGAACAUUUACAAGGCGAAAAAGUGCAGAUUAAUUCGCGUUACUCAAUUUUUUGUGAGUUCUGUCAAAAUUUUUUUAGGUUUCGAAUAGAACUCCAGGUGAAACUUUUGGAAAAUCAGCCUUUUAGAUGUAUCCGGGUUCAAAAUCUGAAUCAGCUACAAUCUAAAUUUUUCGUCGUUUCAAAAUUUCAGAAAAACAGCAGUUACCAAGUUGUGAUUCAUCAAAAAAAAAAGUUCAGUUAUAUAAUUUAUUCACCUUCACGAUGAUCAAAUUAUUUCAUAAGGAACUGUUUUUUGUAAGGUUUGAUACAUUUUAAGCCAACAUAAAAUGGUAAGUGAUACUCUGAAGCUUCGCUAAAUUUUCCAUGACAUCUGCAGGUCCUAUAAUUUUCAAGAUAUUUUUCCGAAUCAAAAUAACUGAAACAUAAUUUUUUUUUUUUUUUGGUUCAGGUCUUUGGAAAGCCGGAGGCGCGUUUUUAGCGAUAACUAUCAUUUCCAUUAUUUUUUUUAAGUAUUUGAUUUUUGUCGAAUACUUGUUUUGAGCAGAGGCAAUGAAAACGAAGCGCAAAAACGAUUGAUGCAUUUGAACUUUCAUUGUUUCUUAACUGCUUUUCCCCUUCCAGCGUAUGGUUUUCACUGGAAUGGAAAAAUUUCCUGCGGUUGUUUUUUAUGUUUCGAGCCUUGAUUUGAAAUUCUCGAUUAUGUGAAGAUAUUGCGAUGCGUUUUGCCCCUAAUUUCGAAUUUUCUUUUUUUUGCAGUUGAGUGAAGCUUUCUGUAAGGAAAAGUUUCAUGAAUUUUGGAAAUCGAUAUCUAAUCAGCAUAAGAAUCAAAUGCAAAAAGCUUCAUUAUUUUUUUAAUAUUUGUAUUUAUCAUCAAAUAUUUUUUUCAAAUGCUUCAUGGCAGUUCAUGAGGGAACUCGGAAAACGAUUGAAAAAAAAUGGCCGAAAGUAACGCAAUAAGUGAAAAAAAAUAGAAUUGCAUUAAAUUAAAAUUCAAAAAAUUUACCCAGGGAGAACUCAAACACAAAUAAUCUUCGGGAAAGAAAAAACACGGGUUUGUCGUAGAGCCUGAUUUUGAAAAUGCGCGUUUACCAACUUGUUCUCUAGUGUGAAUACUUUUUCGGCUUUUUCAAAGCUAUUGAAAUUUAAAUCGAAAAAACAAUAUGUCUCCUACUUUAUGAACUAAGAUUCACGAGCUCUCAACAAAAUGUUUCAAAAUAAGUGUCUACAUAAUAACUUCUUUCAGAACCAGCUCACUUUAUCCAGUUUCGAUGGUAUUCCACAACAUGCUAGUUCUUUUUUGCAAAUGUCUGGCCUUGACGUCAAGAAACAAAAAAAGAGAUUCUAAAUCAACUGGAAAACUCAAAUUGAGAUCAAAAGAUCAAGGAGCUUGAAGCGGGUUUUUUAGAUUUGGUAACUGAAUUAUUUGGCUUUUCUGAUGAGAAAAAAAAGCUGGAAGUAGAAAAAGUCGCCUUUGUGACUACAGUAUAGUGAAAUAGAAAAAGUGAAUAGCGCUAAUUCUAAUGGCUUCAAAAAAGUUAUUUUUGGUGUCUGGGCUCUUUUGACUAUUUUUUGUCUUUUUCGGAACCUUUUCCAUUCUUUAUGACAAUGAAAAGAGUGAGGACAUCACGAAAUACUCAAAAUUUGUAUGAACGUGGUUCCAUUUUCAAACUUUCAGAUGGAUCACCUGGAGUCUCAAACUCCUCUGAAAAUGGUAUAUACUCGUCAGACUACAUACUGCAACUUGGUAAAAAAUCACUCAUUUGAAAAAAAAAAACAGAAACAAUAAUUGAGAGUUUGAAACGAGUCGAUUCGCAGAAAGCGACAAAGAAUUGGAGCGACGUAUUUCAAGAAUAAUAUCCAACGCUUUCAAAGCAGCGACUUCGAAACACCGGAAGUUGGCGACACCAAGCUUCUCAGAACAAGAAUACGACCCAAAUGUUCGGGUUGAGGUACUACCUCACAUAACCAAAAUCACAAGUAAACAGAAAAGUUUGAAAAAUAAAAGGUUAAGUGGCAAAGCUUGAUCCAUUCUCAUUAGAUUUUUCUAUCUCCGCCGAUCUUCGGAAGGAUUUGGUGAGCAAAGUUAUUCCACUUUUCAUCAUCAUCAUCUCCUUUUGAGCUUGGUCCCAUUAAAACAAAGCCAAAAGCUCAUUGGAAGGGUUCGCAAUGAGUAUUUGGACGCACAUUACGAUUAGCAGUUAUAUAGUGGGGAAGAAAUAUCAAGCAGAGGCAGGAGAGCGCAAGACGCGGCACAUAACCCCUCGCCAUUGCCAAAAUCGAUGUCUGACAGAGCUGGAGGAAGAGAGAAACAAGCCCUUCUCCUAUAACUGCAAGAUUUAACUUAUUUGCCGGAAACUGACAAACUUUUUUCUUGAUUAACUACUUCCGCUCCGAGACUUUUUUUUGCUUUUCUCACGGCGAUGAGAGCUAAUUUGAGCAAAUAAUUUCUUCUAUCAGGGAAAUAGUUCAUUUAGGACAAUUUCAUAGAGAUCUUGACUGAGAAAGAAAAAGAAGAUUGCUUCAGAGCUAAAGAUAAUCAAAGAGCUCAUUUUUAAAAAUAAAAAACUCGAAAAAAAAUUUGAAAAAUAAGAAAAAGUAAGUGAUCAAUUGAAAAAAAGUUAAUAAAUCCAUUUUUUUGAUAAUGACAACAGAAAAAAAGCUGUUUCACGAAUUAGCGUAACAUAAUUAAUAGAGAUUUGAUUGCUUGCUUAAACGAGAUAAUGUCGUAAGAUUGUUGCUUUUUAGAAAAAUGUAGGCUUUUAUUUAUUUUUCCCUUCUGUUCAAAAAAACAUUUUUUUCCCAAAGACUAUAUGAGAAAAAAAAAAGAUUUCGAAAGCGAAAAAAUCGCAGCAAGCAUUAUAAGAUGGAAAUCUUCCUAGGGCGCUGCUGAUUGCUCCUAACAAACGAGUGUUUUUCGAAAACAAUCGAGUUUUUUUUUGGGAAACGCUUUUUUAUAAGAAGCCAAGACCCAAAAACACGAAGGAACACUAGGCUAGAUGAACAGAAAAAUUAAACCGAGAGUUUGAAUGUUUUCUUCAAAAUAUAUUGGACAUGAAAGUAGAAUUGAGCUUUAGCAGAACUUUCCAAACAUUCUGGAAAAGGGCAAUGAAUAUACUCGCCCGAAAUUGACAAAUUCGCGGAAGAACUUUCAAUAUCUCCAAACUUUAAUGAGAAUUUUUUUAGAAAAGGGAUAAUAAGAAAAACUAUGUUUUUCAGUUUCAAUGGUUUCAAAAUAAAAAUCAAAUCAAAUUUCUAAUAAUUUCCAGGAAACGCCAACUAUAUUGCUUUUGACGUGACAAGAAGAUUCACCAAUUUGGGUUUACUUCCACUAACCUCUUGAAAUGCAGAAAUUUUUUCACAAACGCCAAAAUUCAAAUGGCUAUGGGCCAAAUAGUAGAGUUUUUAGUCCAAUUAUCACAAGUCUUAUCUUCUAAAUUUUUUUUCAAGCAAAUCUAUGGAUACGUCAAACAGAUCUAUCAAUAUGUUCGAGAUUCAGAAAUAAUUGAGAAAAGUUAUAAGUUUUUUCGAAUCAGAAUGAGAAUUUGUAGGUUGUGGGACGGAAGACGGUGCAAGAGCGGGCCCAACUGCACGUGGUGGUGUUCGAAGGCGGCGAGCUUCUGCUCGGCGAGGUACGAAGUUUCAAGGAGGCGCGUGCUUCUUCAGCGCCGCAGUGAUCCCCUCUCCGCUGCUUAGUGCCGAAAGCAACGCCUUCGUAGAGCUGUACGCCGUCAAAGCAAUCUUUUUAGGUGGUCGCCGGCGACUUGAACCUCCUCACUCCUACCUCCAUCUCCGCUCUUGCCGGUUAUCCUUUCAUCAGAGUCAUAUGUGAGAGUUUUUUGAAGUGGACACUUAAGUACCUUUUGAUUUUUUUCAGUACAGAAAUUGAAAAGUUCGCAAAUCGAUCACAAGCUGUUUUUUUGAAGCAAGUUGAAUAAAAAAAUUACAGUUUUAGAGUUUUUCAAGUUACCUGAAAGUAACUAUGAGAUCACUCAAAAAAAUUGUAAUUAGGAGACUUGUGGCAAUGCUAAAAAAAUUCUCAAAAAAAGAAUUCGUGCCGAAAGGCUCACGAUCCGGUUCGAUUGCUUGUCGCUCAAAGCUCCUAGUGAUAAAGGGUUUUGUGUUAAUUUUGAACAAUUUCUUUGUAAAAAAUAUAUUUUGAAAACGAAAAAAAAUCUUCACAGCUCUCACAAGGUGAGUGUGUGAACAUCGCAGAUCUGGUCCAAACUUCUAUGUUAGAUAGUCCUAGAAACAAGUCCUUAAAAUAGAAAGAAAUAUCUGCUAAGCACCAUAGGGUACUGAGAUAUGGACUGUCGAAAAUGUACGGAAAAGGCUCAAAAACUGAAUUUCUUCGGUUUCUCGAUUUUUAAACGUCUUCUGUUAUUCACUAUAUCAUUAGAAAUACAAGAAAAAAACUUUUUUCACAAAAAACCAAGGAAAUUUUAUUUUCCAUCUUUUCCUGUACAUUUUCGUCAGACUAUUUUUCAGUACCCUAUGAAGCUUAGCCAAAUAUUUCUUCUGUUUUUUUGAUUACUCAUAUCUAAGACAACCUACCACAGAAGUUUGAACCGUAUCUGUGAUACUCACCUCACACAACACCCGUUAGAAAAAGUUAAAUUUCUCAUUCGUGUUUUUGGUCGUUAAUGUACCAAUAAAGUUUUUUUCAACGGAUAUUUUUUUUGAACGAAAUAAGAACUUUUUCAAGUAUCUUUCAUGAAAAAUUAUCUGGGAUGAAUUUAUAUUUUUGAGCUGCAACCUCUACAUCACAACAAAUUUGAAAAAUUGUCUUUAUAUUCGAUUAUUCUUAAUCAAAAUUUUUCGAUAGCUUUCUAGCGCUGUGGUGAAAAAAAAACUCAGAUACUUCGGUGCAGGCUUGUGCGUCAGUCCGGGCGGGCCGGGCUAUGGGCCUAACUUCUGAGAAAAAAAAACCUACGAGGGCUAGGGCCGAGCUCUGAAAAAUUGGAGACUUCAUUGCAGAAAUUUUUAACGAACAAUCUUUUUUACUUUUGAAAUCAUUGUUAUUGUUGAACUCUAAGUGAAAAAAUAAGCAAAAACGCGAUUUUUGUCUUAAAAAACUUGAUAUUCGACUAGAUUUUUUUUUUAAAAGAAUCAUUUGAAAAAAUCUUUUCAUAGCAUUUUUUUUUCUUUAACUCGUAUUAAAACAAUGAAUAUAGCUUUUAGUCACAAAUAUCACCAUAUUCACAAAGAGAAAGUAGUAAAAAAAGCUAAAAAAAUUUGCAAUUUAAAUUUUCCAAUAAUUUCGAGUGCUAUAACUUUGGAAAAAGUCCGACGAAACCACUUCAAAAACGCGUACUAUGCUCUAGAUCAUGGAAAAAUUGGUACCAAUUCACAAAAACUCACACUAAAUUUCAAAAACGAAAAAAAACUUGAUGAAGAAACUUAUAUUUCGCGGAAAAUUUAGCAAGCACGCUCCAAAGUUAGGUUUGAAAACUUUACUAUUUGCUUCACUGCGUGGAAACGCCGUGUCACACGAAAUAUAUUAUUAGGACAUGAAUAACAUCACUUUAAAAAUAGCGGGAUAUCUAUCUUUUUCAGGCAGCAAGGACAUCGAGAGAGCGAGCGGCGAACGAUGGUAUAUUAUUGGUAUGGAUUUCGUGAGAUUUCUCACCUUAUUAAACAAUUUCUUAUAGGAAUCCUACAUUAUUUUGUGGGGUUACUUGAAAUAAAGAUAUAGCUACUAUUGUAAUAUCUGCAUGAUACUUUUUGCACAACUUCUACAUCUUUCUGUAUCUGAAUCUUCUGAAUUUCGUUCAUUAAAGAACACAAAAGAAGGUGGAAUCAUUACAGUCAUGAUCAUCGCUUCCGGAAUUCUUGUUUUAAUGCUUGGAUGGUGCAUAUUGUUCACGAUAUUCAACACAUGCGCAAUUCGUGCCGGAACCAAUACAGAGGGAGUUCAUCGUGACAGUGACGUGAAACCAAGCUUCAUUAUCAAUCCGCAUCCACCAUGGACAAGAGGGUGAGGUAUUGAAAUUUCAAAAAAAUUUUCCGAUGAACGUUGAAAAAAUGUUGGCGACCUCGAUUUUUACGUUGGACAUAAAAAAUGCAUUUUUAUACCAUUCAUCUUGACUACAUGCUCUUAUUUUUACAAAUGAGUAAUUUGAGAAUUUAAAUUCAAAGCUGUCAAAUAAGUAACAUGACUAAACUCUCUGCGAAUCUGGCGCGCGUAGAAAAAUAAAUUUUCUAGACUCAAACUUGAAAAUCAACUAUUUUGAAUCGCAUCUCUGGAAAACGAGCAAGCCGAUCAAAGUUUAGCAAAAGAAAAAAAAAACCUACUACAGUUGUCCUUCUAGGUUGAGCCCGCAGCCUGUAGUGUCGAGUGUGAUAUAGCCAAAAUUCCAUAAAAAGGUUGCGCUUCUAGAGUCUACGACCAUCCAUUGGGUUCGCCGUGGCAGGACCCACUGAUGACGUCAGACGUCCUCGCCGUCGCCGAUGCUCCUGCAACUCAGAACCAACGUGAGUGACGUCCAAAAACAACAAUGGUCCAGUAGAGAGGAAAAGAAAUUUCUUUGAAGCCCUCCCUCGGCAGAAUUUAAGGCCUCUGAUGCAUUAUAAAGUAAACUCCCUAAUUUGCUCAGACGCUCGGAAAAAUAGUGAAGAAAGUACAAAAUAAAAAAGUUCCGGCCUUGAAAUUGAAUAACUAGACCAGAAAGGGCAAACCCAUAUAUAUGCAAAUGGGAAGAAAAAAAACUGAAACGAGUCCAGAGCAAAUCUUACCAUUCGGCAAUUUGAGAAUGCUCCAACCAAUGCUAUUUCUUCGAGAGGCUUAUGAACGAUUGCGAUUGGAACGAAAUACAAUUAGAUUAAUAUAGCUUUAAUAAUUUGUGAGCGGUGAGCUUCACGUAAAUGAUUUUUUCUUGUUUUUUUUUCUGAAGGAAGUGUAAAAAGACGAGAAAAAAUAUUUUUGAGUCGGGAAUACAGAAAACCCUAAGAUUGGCGGACGCAAUUUCGAUAGCCUCCUGAUGGGAGUUUUCACGGGGUUAAACGUUUUCCUUUUCGUUUGCGAGCUUUUUGAAACUUAAAUUUGUGGAGUUCUGAUCGAGAUUCCCAUUAUUUGAAGCGACAUCCUCUCAAUCAAAAAAUGAACAAAAAAAGAAAAAAAGAAAAAAGAAUUUCAAGUGGAAAUUUCUGGAAAAAGAAUUUCAAGUGGAAAUUUUAAAAACCUAUUCCAGUACAUCAAAUGAAAUUUCCUGAUCUUUUCAUUAUAAUGAGCCAUCUGUCAAACAUGCAUGCUUUAACAGGCUUUCAUUUCUAACACAAAAAGGAAAAACUUGGCAAUGAUUCUGUGAAGAAAUUUCAGAAAAAGAAGAGCAAGUAAGUCUAAAUCUUUAUGUUAAAUAGUUCAAAGAAGAAUCAAUUCAUCUAACUUAUUGUGAAAAAUUAAACAGUUACAGAAAGGUUUUGCGCCUUUUCUUUCGCAGUUUUGGAAAAAAACAUCAAAAAGAGCUUCAUUUACCUCACUACAAGAAGAUCAAUUACAGUACCCACACAGAAGAUCUAACGUAUGUUUUGAGGAUUUGGUUAGUACGAUUGUUUUGAUAACUGCCAGAAAUGGGAAAAGAACCCCCAGACUACUGAGUUUUUCCGGAGUUUCAUGCAAAAAAAAGAAAAGUUUGGAUGGGACUUCCACAAUAAAAAAGGCUAUGCCCCACGACCAUUAUAUUAUGCGUCAAUAAGAAGGAGCGAGCAGAAUAUAACAGAAGUUGAGCUUCGCGCCGAGCAUUUAACAUUCCCUGGGGUAUUCCUGAAACUUCUUAUAAGGCAACUGCCAUCCUGGAAAAAUAUCCAAGGGUGUUCCAUCUUUUUCUCCAGGCAUUGUAUCAUUUUUCACGCAUCGCUGUAAUCCGAUCUUAUCAAAGUUUUCCUGGAGAUUCGUCUUUUCUAACUGAAGUAAAGUUACAUCGGACCUUGGUAGCGCGAACUGGGCUCGAAUCGGACAUGUCGAAAAACUUCUAGUGACCACUUUAGUAGCCUCAGAGUUUUCAAGCGAUCUUUAAAAAUGCCCAAAACGUCCACAGCACUUCCGAUGUGCGUUACCGAGGUCCAAGUACAAUAAUUAUAAUUAAACCUCUUCUUCACAAUCGCAUUAAAAAAAAUCUAAUCUUUUUCAUUGUUUUUAGGCGAAUCAAAAAAUAAGUUGUUUUUACCUAUUUCUCACGGUCCGUUAAAAACACAGUUAAAUAAAAAUUCCUCUACAUUCUCCAGCUAUUGUGCUUUGAAUGAAUCAAACGAAUAAGAACAGUUGUUCUUAAUGUUUUUCUACAAAGAGUAACCUAAAAAAAAACCCAAAAACUCUUGAAAAGGCGAAAAAAGGCAUCACAGUUAACUCAACAUCAAUAUAUCCUGAAAAACAAGGAGAAUUUCCGAGCUGUACGAAACGCAGCUGGAAUUCCUUAUAGAAAGGUACGACUGCAAAACUUGGACAAAAAACAACGUACCAAGAUUUGCAGGUGUUAUCGGACAGUGGUUAAUUAACUUAGAAUCGAAUGAAGCCAGUUGUGGGAGAAAGUUGGUUUUGAAGAGCUGGUUGAAAUGGUAGACGCGGCGACGGAAAUCGAAGAAGGAAGAAAGCGGACGAAUAAAAAGGAAAUGGUCUGGCGAAAACAGAAACGACGUCGAGAGACCUUUGGCAAAGGAAAAUUGGCAAAAGUGGUACCAACAACGGAAACAAGUCACACGGACUCCACUGGUACUGAUGAAGACCAGGUGAGAAAAUUGGAAAAAAGUCAUUUUGAAGCUCGAAAAAACACAUACUCCAUUCUUUGGUGAUUUUCUGGGCUUUUAGAGGCGUCAAACCUUAAUUAUAGUUUUCGUGGGGGUCAAAAAAAGGCAGUUUUCCAUGAUGAAUGGUCGUAAAACUGUGAGUCUUGAAGCAGAAACCUUCCGAGAAUUCAGCAAACAAAAAUGAAUGGUUUUUAAUUUUCAAAUGCAAUUCCUCGAGAGUGAAAUGAAUUUUUCGUUUUCCAUAUCAUUUUUCAUUCGUGAGGAGCAAAAAGUCAGCGCUUUUUCACUUAUUUUUGAAAAAACCUCAAAAAAAAAGGCAAGGGCUAUCAAAAAUUUCCGAUAUAAUAAAAUUCCGUCACCAGGUAAUCGACUUUGUGAGUGAAUUUAUGAAGCCCGUAGUUUAUCGACUUACCAAUAAGUAGACUAGAAAAAGCCAUUGUAUAAAAAGUGACUGAAUAUAAGCAAGAUGAUGCUCAGAAUAUGGAAGUCAAUGAACGUUGUGAAAAAGAUUCAGGCGAUGGCUGUCGGGUUGUUAUUUUUUCAAUUGUAGGCUUUUCAAAAUUUAUUACAAGCGUUGCCGGUGUCCUGCUUUUUCCAAACGCGGGAAAUCCUCCAAAUAGCAAAAAAAAAUCAGUAAAACGUCUCUCCUCGGUUCAAAAUUCUUCCCCCGUUCUCUAUCUUUGGGAUAUGAAGUUACCAUGUAGUAAAAAAAGUCGAAGAAAAAAUUAAAGAUUCAAAAAAUUCAUCGUCUACCUGGUUUUCAGAUACGUAAAGAAAGAUUGAUUGAAGAGAUCGAAGAAGAGUUUGUGAGAACUGCAAGGUUUUUUUUCCAGUUAGCUUCCUGGGAAACAAAAAAAGUUUCAGAAGCGGCGGAACAAGCGGCAGGGCGGCACGCCCCAAGUCGGCAACAAAACAACGACAUGGUCUAUUUGGACGAGGUUAGCAACGCAAUAUAUCAGUAAAUUGUACAAACAAAGUGCCGCCGCCAGGAGCUUUUUUUCUUAUUUUUUUUUUCAUUCUCCCGCUAGAGCCGGUGGAAAUUUGUUCGUUGUCAUACUCAUCGCUCCACUAAUCCUAGCUGUCCUUCUCGUAAUGACUUUUGCUUCUUGAGCUUCAGCGCUCUACGAAAAUUUUCUUACUAACUGGUGUACAUCCGAUAACAUAGGGUGAGAUGAGGAUGUCUUUUGGAUAGUACUUCUGAAGAGCUCAUGGUCAUGUUGAUAUUUUUUCAUGACAGAAUGUUUUGAGUAUGGCGAAACAUGUACUGGAUAAAGGCCUGCACAACCCCGAAUUUCGAGAACCAAUGUCUCGAAAAUAGCUUCUCUGAAAACUAAGCUGAGAAUAUAAAAUUUUGAAAAAGUCCAGAGAAGUUUGCAAAAAGGACUCUAAAAUGAUUUUUCUAAUUGGUUAGAAGGCCAAAACCAAAAUUUUUUUCUGUUUUCUGAAGAUGCGCAGCUCAGUUUUUCAAUUUGUGUAGUUCCUUAAAGUCUCUUGUAAUUGCGGAUUUGCAAAAAAAAACUUCAAGAAAAGUUGGGUUUAAAAAAGAUUUAUACUUUUGUAUAUUAGAGAAAAAAUGGAUUUUCACUGUUAUACUAAGUACUCACAAAAAUUUUUUCUCCUUUAAAAUAGGACGCUUCCUAUUCCCAGAGAAAAGAAAAGAUUUUUUUUUCUACGAAAAACUCGUUCGGCAUAAUUUUGGGUUCAAUUUAUGGCCCACAUUUUGGUUGGGUCGACUUCGAUCUUGUAUAAAUCUCACUAAUAGCACCAUUGGCAUGAGCUCGUUGGGCUCCAUUUCCGUCGGCUCUUUCUUUUUUUAAUCGUAUACAUUUUGAGAGACAUAAACAGCAAAUUAGACGCGAAUAUUUACAGAUGAGAGUCGAAGAUUGGAGGCGCCAACGCUUUGGACCACCGAAAACGCAAUUGCCAAUUAUAAAACAAGGGUGAGGAUUUCCAAGCUUGAAAAAAAAGCAUCGCCUCAAUCAAGGGAACUGAGAUUUUCCAAAAAAAGGGGUCUCAAAAUGAUUCGGGUACUUUUUCUUAAACUCAUGCCAGAUUUUUCCAAGAUUUUAUUUCACAUAUUAUGACUUUUUUAAAUCAAUAAAGGUCUUCUUACAAAUGAUUCUUGAUGAAGAUACAAAUUCCAUUUGGCCAGUUACUUUUUCAGCAUUUUUCGAGUGUUCUCAAAUUUUAAGAUAAUAAUAAUAAUUUGGGGGUUGUAUCAGUUUGUGAUAAAACAUUAAACUCAAUUUGAAACUCAAAUCGGGACAGAACAACCUCUCAGAAUGAGAAUACUCGAAGACAGUUAAAUCGUAAAUUCAAAAUUGUUUGAGCCGAUAAUUCGCCGAGCUUUAAAACCCCAGUCCGAAGGAAAACUUGCUAUGAAGUUGGUUCCACUUUGAAACACUGAAAAUCGAAAAAAAAAUUACCGAUUUACUUUUUUCUUUCUCAAUAACUCAUUUCUGAAAUUUGAUCCCUUUUUUGAGAUACCAUCUUUGUGACGUAGAAAAAUGAGCAAACGUUAAUCAAAUGUCCGCAUUCACCAGCUCACGAGGAAAUGAAAAUUUUAUCUUGUUUUCUUCAUCUUCUCAAUUUCCGGAGAAUCCAGUAAUGAAAAACUUCAGACCCUUUACCCAGCUCCGGCCGAUGUUUCUGAGUCGGGAAUCGUGGAAGUCAGCAAUCUGAAACAACUUGCAAAAGCAUGAAAACUCCAAUUUUGUGCAACUUAUGAAACGAUUCUUCCACAUAUCUGUAUUCCGUUUACGAAUAAGUACAACUCUUCAUUUUAGUUUCUCCUAAGUGCCAAUGAUUUACAUUAUUCCCCUCCGAAUAAAUAACAUAUGAGUAUUGUCGAAUUGUGAUAAAAGUGAUAAAAUAAAUCAUUCAUGUGAUUUUGAGACACGUGAGUUUUUCGAGCCAGAAAAUUCGUUAAACAGACGGAAAAGCUCAGAUAAUCAAUGCUUUCUACUUUAAAGCAGAUGCUGAGAAAAGAUUAAACACGCCCUAUUUCUAUUCCUGAAUUUCAAUUUUUGAUUCGAAGACUAGUCUUUCAAGACUGAAGCUUUUCCGUUUUUUUUCUCAAGGAAUCAGAAAGCCGUUGCUCAAUUAUUCGAGGUCGUCAAUUUUGAGUCGAGAUUAUUUAGUUGUUCAAAAAUUUUCGAAUCAGGAAAAAUUGCAAAUCGCCCUUCAUUUGUUGAGUGAGAAAAACAUUUCACGAUAAAAAAAUUGCCGGUUGAAUAACUUUCUGUGGAAAGUAUGACUAGGGGGCGCAAAGCCCCGCCCCUUCACGCCACCAAAAUGACGAUUUUUUUGUUGCAAAAACGGUUUUGAGGCGUUUAUACUAGCUAAAGUCCCACUUUAAAAAUGAACUGUUUCUGUUAAUCUAUGUAAUCGACAACGCUCUACAAGACUGAAUAUUUUUUUUAAACUAUGUAUUUUUUUUCAAAAAAAUAAGCGAAAAAAAGUAAGAUUUAACACAAAAAAACUGACAAGUUUCACAAAAAUCGUCGCGUUUCAGAAAAGCAAGUGAGGAACGCUUCUAAAUUUUAAGUAUGUUAUACAUUAACACUUUCUUUAUUUUUUUGAGUAAAAAAAUAAAAAUCUACCGACGCGAAAAAAAUAUUAAAGCUUGUAAAGUGACACCAAACUUUGAAGCUGAAAUGCGAAAAAAAUUUCAGCGAAAUGGUAUACUUUUUAUUUGAUUUAAAAAACUAACAGUGUGUCCAAAAAAAUAAAAAAAUUCAAAACGAAAAAUAAUUAUUGGGACAGCGAAUCAAAUUAUAUUUGAGUUUUACCAAAACCUCCUUUUUUUCGCCUGCCUCGUUGACGCAUGAGAGAAUAGGAUCGCGUCUAUAUUUAUGAUUAUGUUAUUAAGCGUUCAAAAACUCUAUCAAUGAAAAAAAUUAUGAAAAAAUCGAUCGACGCGAAAAAAAUAACGGCUUUGAAAAACCUCGAAAAAAAUGGCAAUUUUUUUGAAAUUUCGGAAGAUUUCGUGCAAGUGUCCGUAGCAGUGUUUGCGUCAAACACACCGAUGCGCCCUUUUAAAUGUCGCAGGAGCCGUUUUUUUCGGAGUCAAAUUGCACUUUUUCCUGUUUUUAUUUCGAAAUAACAUUGUUUUUUUCAUUUUUUUCUUUUUUUCCAAAUCGAAUGAUAAUAAUUUUUUUCUGCGUAGAAAAAAAGAAAAAAAUAAGCUGAAAAAAAUUCCUUUGACCUUUUUUUCUAGGUAGUUUUUUUGAUAUUUUAUCAAAAAAAUUCUUAUGAGGAUUGUACAAAAGAUUCAUACCAAAAACAUGAGGCUCAGUUCGGACAACCUCUCAGAACAGAAAACCGAUUUAAAAACGGUCCUGAACCGCGUAAAAACAUUUAAAAAGAAAGCGUGCGGCAGCGGGUAAACCGUGAGAUUUUGCCUCCAGUUGUACGCCGCGCGCGCUCGUUUUUUGGCCAUAACUUUUUUCUUAGUGAAGCUUUUUUCAAAAACUAAACGGAUUAUGAAAAUGGACAGUCUCCUCUAUCGAACAAUGUGAAAAACAUAUUUUUUGAAUCGUUCUGAAGAAAUGGCUUGCGGUCCCUAAGUAUGACUGUGCAUUUUCGGCCGAUGACAGUUUUUUCGAUCCUCGCAUAAUGCUUUGCUUUCAUCGGAAAGAUGUAACAAUUUGUCAUUUCCAUCUUUUCAGAACGAAAAUCCAUUUCAAAAACAAACUUGAUUAAUAACCUGUUUUCAUGACAUUGUUAAUUUGGUCGCUUCUACUCUCUAGUGCAAAGGUGAGUGAGACGGCUGAUAAUUGAAUUAAAUGUGGCUGUUGUUCAUGUCCAGGCGUACAUUCGCAACAAAUCCUCUGGGUAAAUUAGGCCAGUCAUCCCUACAGAAACAUGUGCCAAUUAAAUUAUUGCCAGAGCGAAUGGAAACAACGACCACUCUUCCGGCAGUUAUCAUAACAUCUCGUCGAUUGAAAUGCGCCCUUCUCAAAAGGCUUGCGUGCUUUUUCCUCCUUGUUAAAAUUGUAUUGCCGAGCAACCAAUUUUCGGUUUUCCCAUGUGGGACCAUGCAGUUCCUUUUCCACCUAAUGAACCUCCAAUCCUCAGUUUUACUCCCAUUCUCCGCGCUUUCUUUUUUGAAGUGUUCAUUCUUUUCUUUUUAAUUUGAGUUCAGAGCCUGGUGACGCACAAGAGUUGCGUGGGUGAUCUUCAGGCGAAAUCAUUUGCAACAUCUUUUUCGUACACUUUUAGAGUAUGAGCCAAAGUGGCUUCAUUGUCGAUGAAGUUGUUUGAGGCACCGUGCAAGCUUGCGUGCCGCGGCAGUCGCCAUUUUUGUGGCCAAGCCCUUCACGGCAUGUUUCUUCCCUGUGCUCUGCUCGUCCUCGUCAUCGCCGCCCUGGCACAAGUCUGUUCAUUUUUUAUUUCAUUUAAAAAUUGAUCCACUGAAAUAUAGAAUAAUUUUUUUCAACUGAAAAAGUUGACGCUGCUGGCAGAAUAAAUGCCCUGCUUGACGAACUCCAAACUUAUAUCUGAUCAUUUUCACAAAGAAAAGACUUUUUUAGCCGGUUUCUAACAGCUACGUUCAAAAACGGGAGAGUAGAAGUUUUCGGGCCUUCGAAUAUUUGUUUAUACAUUAUCAAAGACUUUGAAUCUACAAUUGAACUAACUUGGAUGGACUCGAUUAUCAGGACUUGGAACACUAUUGAACAAAAAAUAAUAGCUUCGCAGAUUUUUCUGAUUUAUAAGAUUUUUUUUGAAGAAUUCAUUCUAUAAAUUGCCGUGUAGCUGCACCAGAAAGCUUCUCAUCUGUUAAUUAUUAUUUUGAAAAAAAUGUAUAAGAUUUAUUUACCGAAUGAAGCUCAAGCGUACAGGAAAAAUGUUCACUAUCCGAACCAAUUUCUUCCAAACAUAUAUAAUAAAGCUAGAAGAAUGCCCAGGACUUUUUCUUUAGAGGAACCAAAUCUAGUCAGAGUAUUUUAAUUUCUCUAGCUUUCGUCGGAUAAGUAAUUGAAAAAAACAAUUAUUUAAGUUUUUUUCAUUCAUAAAGCUUACCAACCCCUUUUUAAUUUUUUUUGUAAAGUUUUUGAAAAAGUUAAUAUUUCAAGACAAUUAUCAUUCUAAUGUUUCAAUGUUCCAUUCUGUGGAAGACGAAUUUCCCGUUAGAGUGCAUGAUUAAUAUUUUGUUCGAAUCAACAUCCCAUUUUUUGAUGUUUGAUUCUAAUAAUCUUCCUUUACGCCCGUUUUUCCAAUCGAAAUUUCAUACGAUAUGAAGUCAUUCACAUGCUCGAAAAUGGAAUGAGGAUGUGUGAUUUUUCUGGAUUAUGAUGAAAUUCACUGGGAAACAAGCCGUCUGGUGGAAAACGUUAAAAUUAGCGCUUAAGCUUUGAUCUGAGUCCGAAGAUAUAUAACAUUGAUUCAAAUGAAGAACUAGUCGAGAAAAAGGAAGGCAUGGAAAUUGAGCACAAUGAGUUUAUUCGGAAAAAAAUAUUUUCUGUGAACUUUUUAGUGUACCUGAAAAUGUUUUCAAAAUCUGAGAAAAGCUGAAAUACAAUGGAAAAAGAAUUUUUGUCAAAAAAUGAACAAAAAAACUUUCAUUGGGCUUCUUUUUUUCUUUUCAAAAGGCUUUAUUACUUUACCUUUUUUUAUUUACCUUUAAACCCUAAUCAUCCUUAUUCCCUUGUUUAAAAAAAAACAAAAUUUAAACUCCAGGGGGCUUCUUUCCUGCAGAAAAGCUCGGAGCUUGGAAACAGAGACAUGCGGCGCUUGGAGCUGGUAAGAAAAACCAAGAAAACACCGUUGUAUUUUCUUUUUUUGCAGGAAAGCGGCCUGAGAAACAGUUUGGAAUAUUUGGAGCGAGCCCUUUCCAGGUCGACAGGGGCUACCAGCUCCUACUUCCAAAACGCUGAUCCAGGUGCUAUCGACCUUUUUCCUUAUAAGAGUCGCAAAAACUCGGUUUGCAGACGCGUUGCGGACAAAGAGAUGCAGGUGGAAGCUUUGCGGUACAGGCCGUCGGUUUAGAUACAACUAAACGGAUUAUUCUCUCUAUAUCUACCUUUUUCUAAUCAAAUCCUCAACAGUUUUCUUUCCGAUGCAUUCCGUUCAAUGUGCGUGUUCAAUUAUCAAUGUUUCAAUUUGUGAAUGAAAGGUCUGAUGUGAGUUUUAUUCAGCUUCAGAUAAAUAUUGUGAAGUACUUCUACUAUUCACAGAAGUUGGACUUCGUAUUCCCACACUUUGUAGACAAGGAAGCUGAAGGUCCCAAAAAUAGAGAAACGUUGCAACUGAAGUCGCCAGCUGGGUUCUGCACUUUUUCGUCUUAGAAAAAGAAAAUUUUUUGCGGAAACACAAUAUCUUAGAAAAAACAUUUCCUUAAAUUAAAACGGAACAUUUGUUCUUUUGAUCUCAUAAAGCUUCUAAUUGGAUUUGGUGAAGUCAUAAAUUCGGAUAAGGUUGUUUUCCAAUGAAGAAUGGUGGAAGAUGAAAUUCUGGUCAAGAGAAAAAAAUACUUCGAUUGUCGAAUUUGGAACAAGUGUUAGGUUGUUUUCUAAGUUUUUUCUUUUUUGAAGGAUUUUUUUAAAUAAUUUUCAACGAAAAAAGUGCUUCUUACAAUUUUACUACACAUAGUUAACUAGUACACAUUCAGAAGUUCAGGUGAAAUUUAAACUUAUUCCUACAAGAGAAAGCAGAAAGAAGAUACAGUAUUUUGUUUGCUCUUUAAAGUCUCAAUUUUUUUGGGAAAAAGUUUUGGGAAUUUAUUUUUUUCAUCUUAUUUUUUUAAAUCUUCUAAUUUAAACAAAUUACAUGAAAAAGUAAACUGAGGAUGUUUGCUUUUUCAUGAAAGCUCCGAAAAAUUUUUUUCGAAAUGAUUGAAUUAUUCAAAGCCAGAAUAUUCGAAUUUAUGAUUGGCCAACAGUAUUGAAACAACGUGCAUCCUAUUUUUGUUUGAUUUUUCCCGAAAUAAUUUGGUAAUGAUUUAUUAGAUUUUUGGGUUCUGGAAAAAAAUUAUAAGCCUAACAUCAGAAACCGGCAGCUGCAGUGAAAUUCGAGGAGUUAUUUUUACAGCCUUUUUUUCGUCGAAGAAUUUUUUUAUAGUACCAAUGGCAGUGGUUUCUAUCAUCUCUCGAUUUUUUUCUGUUCUUUUGCUAUCUCUCAAGUUAAUAAAAAAAAGAGUACAACAAAGGUCACUGCAGCCAUGUGUCAAAGCAGAAAAGGUUCAACUAAGCUUCUCCGGCCUAAAAUUGUGUAUGAAAUUAAGGACUUCAUGGCAAAUUUCUGAUCACUUUUUUAGGUUUGGAAGUUGAAGAUAAAAGAUCUGACAAAAAAGUCGAUUGAUCCUUAACUCAUAUUUGCUGACCAAGACGGCAGUUGCGGUAAACUUUGCGGGGUGGGACCACAAACACCGGACUAUUUGCCGUACCAGGGGGCCAGUGACGCCUUUUCGCUCAAAGGUUCUCUCUCUCUCAGAUCCGUCGCGGUAUUCUCGUCUUGAUAUUCUCGUCCUUAAUGAGGCUGCUAUUUUUCCUGUUUACUAUUUUACAUUUGGCCAAUUCACUUAACAUUCUCAUAUUUUUGCUCGGAACCAACCAAUUUGAGAGGAAUAUAUUCGAGUUCCUUGCGCAGCAGCUUGCGCUACGUCACCACAACGUCAUUACGGUGAAGCCUGUUUUGAUUCCCGAAGAGCCGCGGCUCGUCAAGCCGAAGCUCCACCUCGUUAGAGAGAAAGUUAUCAAAAACACAGUGAAUAGGUUGGAAACCCAAAUUGUAAAAAAAGAAAAAAAGUCUUCAGGGAUAUUUAUGAACCGUUGGAAAACACGGUCACAAACGCCGCAUGGAACGAAGGUUACGACGAAGAAGAUUAUCUGAAGUCUUACUAUAAAGCUCAUAAUGCCAGUUGUUACAAGGUUGGAAGUCUAGAAUAUUUUCAUCCACUUUCUAUAAUUUUCACUAUCAGCAAAGUUUUGUAUAGAUAAAUGCGUUCUCUUCAAGAAGAAUUGUUCCUUACAAAAUGCUGAAAAAAAUGAAUUAUUCAUUAUUAUUUGACUGAAGUUGUAUUUGAACGAAUUAUAAACACGUGGGAUGAGUUUUGUGUUAGGUAAGGUAUAUUCUUAUCAUUUAAGUUUUAGAAAGAUUCAGAAAAAAGUUUCUGAUUUAUUGCAGUUUUAAACCCUCUCAGAAGACCAUUUCUUUAUCUACUCAUAUUCGUUCUGAAUCUUUCAGAUGCUCAACUCGAACCUUGUCGCUUCUUUGAGCAAAGAAUCGUUGGACGUGGCGAUUAUUUACUCCGGAAACCCUUGUUUGGUCGCUUUGACACAUUUGAUGGCAGUUCCGACCGUCUACUUUGAUUUGGAAGGUCUCUCUGACGAAACGUUGGUCGCGGCCGGCGUGCCCUUCCUACCUGGGGCAGAGCCUUCUUCCUGCUCUGUUUUCCCUAAAGUUUGAUGAAAAUUUCAAACUCAUACUACUCUUGAACUUUCCAGCAGAGCAACCCUGUUUUUGCAAUGAUCCGAGCAGCCACCUGUCAAUUUCAAGAGUUGAUCGCUCAAAGCGAUAUUCCGUUCGUGUCUUCUGCAGUUUCGAAAAGGCAUCGACAACUCGAUGAACCAAUUUCGUCGAUGUUCGCCAACGACUACAGCAUCAAAAAAAGGUUUUUUCUAAUCAAUUCUCUCAGAAGGUUUUCGGCGGCGCUUGUAAGACUUUAGCGGUCAUAAUUGAUCUGUUAGAAUUUAAAGUUUAAAAAUUUCUCCGAAAUUUAAGUGAAUUUUUCUCAUUUUAUGCCCGCGCGGUUCGCUAGCACUGGUCUGUUUCUAAAAGUUCCCUAAUUUGACUUCUUUGGCUUUUCAGUUCUUAACAAAACAAUAACAGGUACAAGAGCUUUCCAAGCGUGAACGCCUUGAAACAGCAAAGCGUUCUCUUUUUGGCCAACACCGACCCGUUGCUAGAGCCGCCACGUCUUCUGCCUCCGCAUGUUGUUCAAGUUGGAGGUGUUCACAUCGAUCAUCCUAAACCAUUGUUUUCGGUGAAGCUUUCCAAUAUUUCGAUACAACUUGAAAAUUUUUCAGCCAUGGAAUACGACGAUAGAAAGUGCAGCCGAUGGAAUGAUUAUCGUGUCAUUUGGGACCCAAGCUGACGGUAGCAAAAUGUCGGCGAAACAGGUUUUUUUUUGAUUUUUUUAUUAAGUCGAAACAAAAAUUGAUAGGCAAACGCUGUUCUGGAAGCUUUGAGCCAGUUAAAAACCUACCGCAUUUACUGGAGAGUCGGACCAAACCUCAAAUUGGAAGGAAUCGACGUUGAAAACGUUCCAUCGCACAUCAAUCUAACCACUUUCAUCCCUCAGAAUGAUUUACUCGGUAGAGUAAGUUGGUAGAAGUUAUUAUUUUGUCUUUUUUAGCUCAUAAAGCUUGUCGCUUGCUGGUGACUAAUGGUGGAAUGUCUUCCUUGAUGGAGGCUGUGGCUCAUGGAGUUCCAGUUGUUGGUGUUCCUUUAUACGGCAGCAACCGGCACAAUCUCGGAAAAGUCGUGGCUAAGGUAGUUUUAGCAAAUGUGAAAUGUUCAUAUAUGUUCUUUCAGGGCUUGGGAAUUGUCGUUGAGAAGAGCGACCUCAAUGGAAAGAAUCUGUUGACUGCAAUGAAGAAAGUUUUGGACGGCGCCAAGUGAGGAAAAUUCCAAGUUGUUCAUUGGCGUUCCUUUUUUUUCCAGAUACAAAACAACGGCGAAAGAAAUGUCAAAAGAAUUCCGGUCACGACCAGCUCCUCCUUUUGCGUUGUUGCUGCACAAUAUUGAGCACAUUGGUCGCAACCAUCGCUUCGCAUAUUUUGCUGGGAACGUUUUGGAACCGUACAAACGUUUUGAUUUCUAUUUCUGCUUGCUCUUGAUUGUUGUUCCAAUUUAUAUUCUCAAGAAGCUGGUUUUUUCCCUUUUCCGCAAAAUUUUUGCAGGCUCUAAAGUGUCUUCACCAACUCCUAAAGAUACCUCGAACUCGAAGAAAAACCGUUAA